AUGCCCAAGCCAGACAAUGAUCUUAUUAGUCGGUUUCGGGAAAAGUUCGGCGACCUCUUACUUACUUGCGAUGAGAGAAAACGUGGAGGAGGUAUUAUUGAUACGCUUCAUUCAAAUCCGCCAGCCAGCCGUAUCAAGGGCAUUGAGUCUCUAGAUGCUAUGCAAUUUGAUACAAUCAAACCGGAAUUGACGUUGGGGUUAGCGAACGGUUCGCCAAUUUCAUGGAGCGCCGAUGCUCCCGGGUUGUUGUGCCCCACAGUUGUUGGCGGAAAAGAUAUACCUCUCGAUCGCGGUAUACCAGGGUCAGGCGCCGUUUUCCACAAUGGAGCAGGUGACUUGCAUUCUCCUAUGAUACAAUGGGAAGCAACCACUGCGGCUGUUCUUGAUGCUCCAAUUCGACAUGCACCGACGAAUCCUUGGGCCGACACUAGCCCCUUCGUCCCGUUAUCUCUGACUCGGCAUUGGCCAUACGAGGAUACGCCCUACUCUCUAGGACCGGAUUACAACGUGGAGUUCCUGACAGAUCAUGAUGCUGGUUAUACCUCGCUAGGUAAUCUCGAUCAUGCACCUUCGACUAACUAUUUGAGUCAACAACCCAACUCCCAAUUUGAUCCGAUAAUAUCCGAAACGAAGUGUAUGGAAGAUUCACAGUAUGGCGGCGAGACAAAGUUUUAUUACAACGCUGUACUAGAAGCCCCAACAGCAAUGCUUUGGCAUGACAAGGAACGUCCUGUGACAUAUCUCAAUAAGGGCCAAACCUAUACUCUCAGGGUAUCGCUUUCUAAGCCACCUGUAAAGAGUGCCGGAUCUAUUCAAUAUAGAACAUUUGUGCGAGUGUCCUUUGAAGAGGAAGGCCAACGAUCUGAUCCGGCUGCGGCAUGGCAGCUUUGGAAAGAAGGCCGAGGUCUCAAAGAAGCCUACCAGCGCCAAAGGGAGCUAUUAGCCGUUGAAUACGUUGAAUUUCUUCAAGAUUCUGCUAUUUGUCAGUCGCACCCUCAAGUCCGGCUCGAAAAGACCUCCGUGGAUGGGUUCUGUGUGAUAUGGACAGCCGAUCCAAGUACAAAAUCAUACGAGGGUGUUUUUGCGCUAAAAUUCAAUUUCUUAUCAACCGACUUCACCCUCUCCAAAGGCGUGAAAGGAGUACCAGUCAGGCUGUGUGUUAAAACAUCAGUCUUACGACCUGAAGACAGGAAAGAAUCCACAGAGCACGACUCGGAAAUUUGCUAUUGUGCAGUGAAGCUUUUCCGGGAUCAUGGCGCGGAACGAAAGCUAGCUAAUGACGAGGCCCUUGUCAAGAAAAAGGUUGCAAAACUCAACAAACAGAUUGCCGAACAAUAUCAACGCUCGGGCUCUAUCGGCCUUCGUCACGCUUACAAUCCAGACGGCAGUCAUCAGAUGAACAGUCAACAUCGAGGUCGCAAGUGGAACGUAAGACGACGAGAGAGCCAGACAAUCGACGAUCUUCGCCUAAAAAUUGCUCGGAUGAAUAGAGCCUUAACUUCGGUUCGUCCACUGACGGUUCUCGAAUCCCGAGGUACCGAGCAGGAUGAUCCCGACUUGCAUCCUGUUAUUUUGCCGCGCAGAACAAGUAACUCUAUGGAAAUUGAAUACCUGAACAAUCAGCAUACUAAGAACAUAUCGGUGACUUUGGCUUCCCAAGGUUCAGUCGAGUGUUCGGAGAGCUCCUGCUUGCAACGAAGUCGCCUCAAAAGCAAUCCACAAUGUCCGCUUAAAACAAAGAGUGUCUCUGUCGAAGCUUCGCAAAGUUCGUCGGAUCUUUCGGUGUUAUCAUCUAAAGCUGUCGCAUGCUUUUAUGUUCAGGUCAAUCACGACAAAGAGGAGUCCCAAAAAUGCCUUUAUGCAAUCUACUUGGUGGAACGAACAGUUCUUGAUCUCAAAGAGAAGCUUGCGGAAAGGGUCCGGACUGAUCCAACACUCAUUGCUCGUAUUAUUUGGCAGAACAGUAACGGACUGAAGAUCCUGGUUGAUGACGACGUGGUCCAGCAUAUUCCUGAGGGGCAGUUCAUAACUGCAGAAGUCUGUCACAUGUCUGACACAGACACGGUUUCCUCAAGUGUCAAAUCUUCAGUGAUGGAAGUCAAACUUGUAUUCUAA